CCUAUCAUUAGAUGUCAUCGUUUGCCUUGCCUAGUUCGAACCGCCAUCUACAGCUCCAUAUUACCCCGUGUCGGCGACGACUGUAUACCGAGCCCCUCCGAACCCGUACAUCCCGCGCCAUCGAGGCCCGACCUGGCUGCUCGUCCGAAGACAGCUAGGAAGUUGGACAAAGAAUGAUAGCUGCGCAUUCCAGUCCAUCCGAAUGAUCCUGCGCAAGGCCUGCGGGGACCCCUCUCACAGUACAAUACACAUCACGAACCGACAUCUAGUCCCUCCCGGCUGCCCGCUGCCACGGAUGCCACCGUCGCUCACCCUCGCGCUCCAAGAACCUCCCCAUUCGACCUCGAGCGCAAUGACACGGCCGCGAAACGGCCCCUGAAUACCUGCAACCAAGCCACCAACUGCUCGCAAACUUGCCCACUAGCUGCCCCCUGCAAGGGCUGUACCGGAGCUGCAUGCGAGGGGCCCGCCAGCCCCUGCGCAGCCCUUUCAUUCCCGUGGUUCUUCGUGGCCCAAGCCUGGCAGGAAGGAUCUAUCUUGUGGGCCUAUCUCGACUCAAGCCUACAGUCUCCCGCCGAUCGAUACUCGAGCAGCCUCGCUAUGGCCAGCGGAGCCGUGCCGGCCAACGGCAAGGCGCUCCUGCACAUCGACGAUGUUCUCAACCCGACCCCCAAGGCCAGCAGCGCCUCGUCUAUAGAAGCCGUCAUCGCUGAGGGCGAGCAAUGUCUUCGCAAUGCCGAUGCCUUCAGGAACUUCGGCCGCCGCCCCGACUAUGCGCUGAGGGAGUAUGUGGCCGCAACAAUGAUAGCUAUUGAGAUGGUUCCCAAGAACAAGGACUUCCCCAAGUUGUCGGAUAGGAAGUCUCUAGCUGCGCGACACACAGAGCUUAUGAAAAAGAUUCAGGCGCUACAUCCUGCAUUUGAGAAAAUCAAGGAGGAAAUCAAGCGUGACAACCAGCGGACCGGCGUGCAGCCCUUAUACGGGCGCCAGUCACCGGCGGUAUCGCCGCACGGUAGCCGGGCCUCUGGUCAGUUUCCCAACGGGUCGAGGACUCCACAAGGCAACGGCUACACCAACGGGGGUACCCACAGCCCUCGGUCAAGCCGCGAUUUGGCCGACUCCUUUGCUGGAGUUCCGAAUCGGGUGCCGGCCGUCGGAGGCGCGUCAGAAACGAACAAGACUCCAGACCUUCUUGCUGAGCGCUUUGCGAAGUUACGAGGGCAAAAGUCCCCGGUCGACUCCCAUGGGUCUCUGUCAAUGCACACCACGGGUGCGCACCACCCAGGCCCGCAGGAGCUGCGACCAACACCGGCGGAGAAGGCCGGAAUCUCGCUGGUGAGCCAUCUGCCAGACCUUCCAACAAUGCCGGCGGCCAUUUACAGUCCGGCCAGAGGCACCGUCUCGCACGAAUCGGCCAACCUACCCUCGAGCAAUGCGAGGAGCAUGUUUAGCAGGACAGGCUCCAGCACACCCUCGUCCGCCAGCCAGACCAGGUCGCCUCAGCUGAAAGAUGACUAUUUCGUGCCCGCACAGCCCGCCGGACGGACGGCCGCUCCUGCACGCCCCAAAGUCGUCAUCCCAGACGGUGAUACGGUGACCCCUGAAAAUCUUCUGAACUACAUGAAAGCCUCGUCCAGCGGUUUCAAGACCCUCAUCAUCGAUAUCAGGAGCCGAGAGGAUUUCGACGACGGCCAUAUCAUGUCGCAGUGGACCAUAUGUAUUGAGCCCGAAAUCCUACAGCGAGAGAACAUCUCAGCGGAGGAGGUAGCAGACAGUAUGAUCCUCGCGCCGCAGGGCGAGCAGCAGCUAUUCCGCAAGCGCAGCGAGUGCGAUCUGAUAGUAUUCUACGACGAAGACUCGGAGGAAAUCAACUGGAGAGGCGUCACUGCUACAGAAAGGGCUUUGCUGGGCCUCUACAACGCUUUGAAACAUUUCGACUACGAAUCCGAGGCCACGAAGCCGGCCAAGCUCCUGAAAGGCGGCAUAGAUGCGUGGGCAGGGCUCAUGGGAAGAGGCGCGCUAAAAACGUCGUCCACUUCCACAAGCGGCACCGCCCCAGGGACAAGGAAAGCAUCGGCUCCGCUGCCUUCACCAGCGAACAAAAGACAGCCGCCCAGGCCUAUCCAGGAUGCAGAAGAGGCUCAGCGCUGGGAGGAAACUCUGUCGAACGUGGAAAACAAUCUCGUCCGCACGCAGGAAGACUUUUUGAGGCGAUUCCCUUCCGUGAGCCACAUGAAGGAAUCGAUGACUUCUCCUAUCGCCAAGCCAGAGCUUCGAUAUCCAGCAUCGGCCGAGAUCUACAGCUCCUUGCCGUCCCCGCCGACCCGACCGGCCCCAGCAGUUCCACGCCAGAGCUACAGCGGCCUGAGGGAGACAGGCCAGGAGGAGCACUACAGCCCAACAGCGGCAACCAAGACUAAGGAGAAGAAGGAUCGACCGCGGCCUGUUGGCCUCUCCAACCCUGGGGUUUGGUGUUACGGCAAUGCCUCCAUCCAAGCGCUCUUCCACUCGUACGGCUUUGCGGCAGACCUGGUGGGGAGCGAAUGGCAGAGCAAGUGGGUGGUGCCCAAACGGAAAGACGAGAACUUGAACAACCCGCAGCUUCUCACCAAGAUCAUUUCAAACCAGUUCCACUGGAUGAGUGAUGGCAAGUUCGAGUCCAUGCAAUGCAAAACACUCAUGGAUUACUGCUGCUAUGUGGAUUCGAAGCAGAAGAAUUUCUUUGGCAGGGCGAAAGGCGUGGCCAACGCGCUUGGGAGCAGGAGCAAGCAACAAGACGCAGAAGAGUUUGUCAUCUUCGUGAUGGAGAACAUCCACGACGAGACCAACCGGCUGCGCGACAUAACCAUCGACAUGAGCAAGGUGACGUGCCAAGGCGAUCGCUACGAGCACGCACUGGCCUUCUGGAAGGGAUACCGCAGCGCAAACGACUCCAUUAUUGACAAGUACUGGCGCGGUUUGACCCAGAACGUGCUCCAGUGCAAAAACUGCGGAAACACGACGUACAACCACGAGCCUUGGGACAAGAUCCGAGUCACGGUCCCGCCCAACAAGAAGGCCCUCGGGCUCAUGGACCUGCUGCACACGUCGUAUCCAUACAAGGAGAUUCGCGAGGACUACCGAUGCGAGAAGUGCAAGCUGCUCAACACGACCACGUCGACGAUCCGCCUCGCCCGCAUGCCCGAGCUGCUGUGCAUCUCGCUUGGGCGCUUCAACCCCAUGGCCGAGGGCCAUGUCACCAAGGUCAACAGCAAGGUCACAUAUCCGAUCGACGACCUCGACCUGACACCCGUUGCGGACCCAACACCGCCGGAGCGGGGCCAGGGCCACGAGUGGGAGGGCUCGUUCAAGUACUACUGCUACGCCGCCAUCAUCCACGGUGGAGACCUGCAGAGCGGUCACUACACGGCAUUCGUGAGGGAUCGUGGCUCCGAGGCGGGCGACAGCUCGUGGUACUACUGCAACGACACCAGCAUCACGCCCAGGACCAUCGACAGCGAUGCGGCUGCCGAGGCGGCUGGCAUGUAUUCUAAAGACUCGGCUACUUCGGCCUACAUUCUCUUUUAUCGUCGCCGGCCGAUUGGGAUGCGGUGAGGCCAUAGAUCGAUCGAUUUUCUUUUUCCUUGGCGGUUCCGCAGCUCACCCAGGAUAUCGUGUCUUGGCUGCGUAACCCUUUAUUCAUAUACCUACCAUAUACGCAUCUGUAUUUCCUUUUCUCAGAAGUCGACGACGGGCGGCUUUGAAGCCGGUGCCUCGGCAUAUUCAAGGAUGCGUAACAUCUUGCCCAUCUUUCUCCAUCACCUCUGAAUUCUGCUGCAUCGGCAUGGAGCGACGGUGUUUUUACGGAUGCAUAUGUCGGAGGCUCUUCGACGCGGCGCUUGCCAUGUCUCUUAGCUUUAUUUAUUUUUAAACGCGUUUCAACAUAGAUCCUAGAGAUCUAAUGCCAAUUUCAAUCUUUGUCGUGGGUAUCAAGCCGCAGCUGGGCCCCAAGCUCCUAGAGAUCUUGUCGACUAGAUCGUGUAUAGCAGAGUAGAUUGCACAGCUGGGAUGGUUCUUUCGCCGCUAUGAAUGAAAAGGUAUCAGUAGUCUGAGAAGAUAAAGGGAAAGCGCGUCUCUGAAAG